AUGGAAAGAGAACGUGGAAAGAGAACGUGGAAAGAGAUAGCAAAUGUAAAAGACUAUAACAAGUAUACCAAGGCUACUAUUUGCAGGCACAUGAAACGAAAAAUCGACGACUCUGUUAUCGACAAAAGGAAACAUAACAAAGGCCGCCCUCAAAAGCUAACAAAACAAGACAAACACAACAUAUUGCAACAAGUCGAGAUACUACGAAGGGAUUACGGGCAUUUUGCAACAAAACGUCUCAAAGUUUUUGCUGGCGUACGGACAGAUGUUUCAGAUGAGACAGUUAAACAGCAAAUUUUUGUUGUUGCGAUAGCGCAUAAUAAAGGAGUUAUUCUGGCUGAACACAAUACGAAGGACACAUGA